AUGCUGAAUUCGGCAGACAACGACGAUGAUUAUUAUUUAUUCUUCCGCGGCAACAAAACGAAUUUUAUCACUACAAAACUACUCACUAGGAAUGCCGGAUCGGAUUGUCGGUUAGGAUUCGAAACUCGGUCUCGGCUGACGGGAACCGGAGAACAUGUGUACCGUGCCGCCGGCGCGCGUGGUGGGGUGGACGGGCGGACGGACGGGGACAAGGUAACAGCCGGCCGGUCGGCCAAUGGGAGGCUGCGGAUGCGACGGCGGCGGCAACCGGAGUACCGGACACGAACAGAGCCGAACGAGCGAAACCGUACACAACAACGGUCGAAACUCGAAAAGAAAGGAAAAAAAAACGAAAUAAUAAAUUCCGAACAAUCCAAACGCGUUUUCUGCGUAGACCGUUCAGAUUGCCGGCGACCGGUUGUUUUUAGAAUACUGAAUGGAUAUCGCCCGGUCGUCUGA